AGAAAUUAACCAUGAAAGUUGAGACCAUUCUAUGCAUGAACACUGGGGAUGGAGAAUCAAGCUACGCCAAUAACUCACUUGUUCAGGAACUUGCAAUAAGAAGAGUGCUGCCAAUUCUAAGGCAUGCAAUAAAGGGUAUUGCGAAUCAAGAUAUUCUUUUCAAAGAUGAAUGUUUUAAGAUAGCAGAUAUGGGAUGCUCUUCUGGCAAAAACACUCUCUUGGUUGUCUCUAGCAUUAUCGAUAUCGUGUAUGACAUGUAUACAGAAAAUGAGCGUAAAGCGCCACAGUUUCAAGUGUGCUUAAACGAUCUCUAUGGAAAUGAUUUCAAUAACCUUUUCAAUAUGCUACCUGAUUUUUAUACAAAAUUAACUAAAGGCAAGAAAGAAAAUUUCGGGCCUUGUUUUGUUUCAGCGGUUCCUGGUUCCUUCUAUACAAGACUCUUUCCGGACCAAAGUUUGCACAUUGUGUACUCCUCUUAUAGUGUCCAAUGGCUUUCUCAGGUACCACAAGGCAUAGGAAAUAACAAUGCACUAAAUUUUUACAUUGCGAAAGCAAGUCCACCGAAAGUGAUCCACGCAUAUCAGGGACAAUUCCAAUCCGACUUCACAAAGUUUUUACAACUGCGUUCUAAAGAAAUAGUCCCCGGUGGCCAAAUGGUUUUGACAUUUCCUGCACGAAGUAUUAGCGAUCCGACUAGUGAGGAUGGUUGCAUUCAUUGGGGGUUACUAGCACAAUCACUUCAUGACAUGGCCAAAGAGGGGCUUGUUCAAGAAUUAGAUAUUAUAGCUUUCAAUAUGCCAUUUUAUCUUCCAUGUGAGGAUGAAGUUAGGAAUCAUAUUAAAAAUGAGGGAUCAUUUUCGCUUGAUAACUUAAACGUUUUUCAAGUAAACUGGGAUCCAUAUGACACAGAUUACACAAGUAUGAAGGAUUCAAGUGAGUCCAGUUAUAUCCACGCGAUAAACGCAGCCAGAGUAAUCAGAGCGAUUGCGGAACCAUUGUUAACGUCUCAUUUCGGAAGCUCUAUUAUUGAGGCGCUAUUUGAGAAGUAUGGGCAACAUUUGGCUAAACAUCUUGUUAACAAGAAAACAAGACAUUUUGGUAUAGUCAUUUCGCUGACUAAAAAAUGAGCAAUAUUGAUAUCUAUAUCAUUUGUUCAAUUAUUUGUACUACGAUAAGUUUCCUCUACAUUGAUGUGGUGCAUUGUUGUCAUUA